AUGCACGAGUGCGCCUCGCACUCGUGGCUGGUCAUCCUCGGCACGGGCCGCUCCGGCUCGACGACCAUCCUCUCGAUGCUCAAUACCGUGCCGCAGAUACAAAUCUCCGGAGAGAACUACGGCAUGAUGAACCCUCUCGCUUAUGUCCUCACCCGCCACCAGGCGCCCCUCUCCAAGCUCAAGCACCUCAACUUCAAAGGGUACAGCGGCAGCAGCCGCAGCCCGUGGUACGGAGUGAACGGCGAAGAGGUGCGCGAUGCGCUCUGCUCGGUCGUGCUCCGCCUCGCCCCGCACGACAAGACAAAGCACCGCCCCCUCAUCCGCGGCUUCAAGGAGGUGCGCUGGGAGCGGUCUGUGCUGGGGGCCGUCGCGCUGCUCCCGGGCGUGCGCUUCGUAGUCAGCUACAGGAGGGAUACGAGCGGGCAGGCGGCGUCCGGGUGGCACUCGUGGAACGGCUCUGCGAGGGCGGCUGCGGGCUGGGCCUCCCCAAACCAGGGCAUCGACGAGGCCACACGGGCGAUGCUGGAGGCGGUCAACGCGACAGGCCGGCCCACUUUCCAUCUCCCCCUUGAAGACUUCUCCACCGCCGCCUUCAACCAGCUGCUGCGGUGGGUCGGCGUGACCAACUGCUCAUUCCGUGGCGUGGUGCACGAGCACUCCGGGGGUGGGGACCGGCCUUCGGGAGCGGGCGGGGCCACCGCACUGGUGACGUGA